AUGUCUGAACGGAAAUCGCCGGAUUCUUCUUCCAAAACUUCAUCCGCAAGUUCAGAAGACCCACGGAUGAAACCACGUCAUCUGGAGACAAGAAUAUUGUAUAGUGAUCAUGAUUCUGCGUGGCAGAAGAAGUUAUUGUCGCUGGCGAGAGAGGCUGUUCAAGCAAUGAUUGAUAAAGGAGUGGAGACGGAACAGUCGUUUUUUCAGGAAGUGGCAGCUCUAUUGAAAGAGGCAUUAGCAGCAUCUUCAGAAGUAGAGAAAACUAAAAAAUGGCAUUUCGUUGUGGGAAAUGAUUUCAACGUUCAAGCAGAAGCUGUCAAGGAUUCCAUCUCAUUUUUCGCAAUUGGAGAUGUCAAAUUUCUAGUUUAUCGAACCCAAAAUUGA